UAUCUGACGUUCAAGUUGUGAAUAUUGCCUUUGAAGGGUCCUAAUUUUGAAAUUACAGUGUUGUAUUGUAUUAAAGUGUUCCUUAUUUACCUUAAAUAAUUUAAAAACCUAUUAAAACUUUUAGGACAGAAAGGAAUAUUACGGGAAGAAGUUAUUAAAUAGUUGUAAUUGUAUGUGACUUAUAACAAUUGCACUAAAACAAAAUUACAAAAAAAACAAUAAUAUAAAAAUAAAAAUAUAAUAUUCCAUCACUUGCUUUUGAGGGUAAAUUGCCUUGCACUUGAGUCGACAAGGAGAAAAAAGGAAGCGUUGUGGCUACUAGCUCCGUCCAUCUGGGCUGCCCGAGUUUGUAAAUCGAACGCCACGGCACGAGUCGUCUCCUAGACACCACCUGAGCGCUUAAACUCUGUUUAGUGCGCAGCGUUUGUGGCAACGGUGAAGCUGAGUGUGCGUCGGCAUGUGACCCGCAAAUUUUGCGAAAUACGAGCUAAAGUGCCAGUUAAUGCGUCUGUAAGGCCAAGUAAUUAGUAAGUACAUAGUCACAGCAUGGCAGAGAGCGCUAUUCGUGUUGACCCGCAGUUUGUGGAGUUCAAGGACAUAAAGGUCGGCCACGUCUAUAAGACGACAGUCACUGUUACUAAUAUCGGAAAAACCCUCAAGAAAAUAAUUAUUGAAAAGCCCAAGUUAAAGCUAUUCAAGUUCAGGGCACAUAGCCCAGCUAACGAGCUAGCUCCGGGCCUGUCUGUUAGCAACUUGCUCGAGUUCAUCCCCGAGGAAGAGGAGGAGGUCAGAUACUCUCUUCUGAUUCACGUAGACGACUCGGAAACCAUUAAAAUCCCACUGCUGGGGCUUCCUAGGGCUUGUUUGUUCCAAGUGGACUCGGUUCUGGACUUUGGUUGCAUUGUUGCCAGCAGUCAGGUAGUCACCAAACACCAUGCUAUAACCAAUCAAGGAGCAGCACCAGGCAUGUUCCAAGUUCAGUACAAAGGAGACCCUACAGUUCAACUAUCACCUCUCAAUGGAAUCGUUGCUGCUGGCGCCACCCAGUGGCUGAAAGUUGAACUGCACGCAGAUAUGCCCAGGCUGGUUGAGGAGAAGGCUCUGAUAAACCUUCAGAAUUGUUCUGCUGUAUCUCUUAGUAUCAGGGCUGAGGUGGUUGACCAGCACCUUGAAAUCUUUGACACGCAGGGGGCUCAACUCUCCUGUCUGUGGUUUGGACCCGUGUACUUUGGUACAUCUCGCAUUAAGUAUGUGAUUCUUAGAAAUAAUGCACCUCGGGCCUCUGAGUGGGUGUCUGUGCUGCAGAAUAAUGCAGCUGGGACUGAAGUGGGCAUAGACCUACAAAAAAGCACAGAUGCCCCCCUGCUGGAAGGAAUGAAGAGGUGCAGCCCCACCACCCAGGACGUCUUGGUGUGUGUGCCUAAUCAGGGUGAGCUGGGACCGUAUGAAAACACCACAGUGGCAAUACGCUUCAGCCCAGUCAACAGGAGUGUAAAUGAGAGGAAGAAACGCGAGCACCCAGCUCCCCGCCAAGAUUACUGUGUUUUUCUGCAGUUUGAGUCAUUGCAGAGCAGACAUGGCUUCACUCGCCCGACUGCAAACAGCAGUGUGGAGCUGGCUGUGACGGGCUCUGGGCUGCCUGUGUCUCUGGUACCUAGUCCCUCUCGAAAAUUUGAUUUCCUUACCUGUGUGAUGGGGCAAAGUGUAGAUGCGCUAUGUGUGCUGCAGAAUCUCUGCCCCCAACUUCCUGUUAAUUUCAAGUUCCGCAAGUUAGCUCAUUUUACCACCAAGCCCUCCGCAGGCAUCAUACGCCCCGGGCAGAGCCAGGAUAUAGUUUUAUCCUUUAAGGCACGGCAGCAAGGAAGCUUCCAGAUGUCCAUGAUUUUAGAUGUUUUAGGCCAUGUGGUGCAUGAGAGCAGUGACAACUUGGAUGUUACUGAAAUUCGCAGCUUUCACACUAUCACUCUUCAAGUUUCUGCUGUUUGCCACAGUGAGACUAAACAACCUGUACCAAAUCUUAAUUCUGGUAUCACUCCAGCUAUUUCAAAUCCAUCUGGACUAUGGCCUUAUGUUCCGUGCAGCAGCUUGGCUCGUUGUUGUGGGAUGGUGCAUGCUGCCAUACUUUGCGCCAACAAAACACAACUCCACGCACAUCACAGGGAGAAGGGUCAAGACAUGGAGGAGUUCCUCGCUUUUCCAAAUGAUCGAGCAUCUAGCAUCAGGCCGCCCUCUUCACCGACACAGUACAGGACAAUAUUUACUGGUCUACCUCGCUAUUGCUAUGUGGACACCAACUAUGCUUUCACUGAGGAGGAGGAAGAACAGAGGCAACAGCACCGCCAAAAAUACAGAAACUUCAUUGACUCCCUUAGGCAAACACGACUUUCAAGGAUCAAGGAGAAGAAGCAAAAACAAGUGGAGGAGGACGACAUUGGCAUUAUUCCUUCUCAGGGGCUUGUUCCCCCAGAGCUUUCUAUCUGUGAUAUAGCUAAUAAUAAGGACACAGAAGCGAAAUCACAGUACCAGUAUUGUUCCACUGGAAAUAAAUAUGGUUGUUCUCAAGGCACGAUGUCUGCCACUCAGCAGAUUGCCAGUCAAGUUUCAGAUGAGAUAAACGCAGUUCCCACAAGCGACCGGGAGGUGGCAGACUGCAGUAGGACAUUGACUGCACAAGAGCUGUUCAAAGUCUGCAUAGGUCCUCUGUUAGUGGACUUUGGCAAAGUGUGCGUGCAGUCGACAUGUGUUCAGACGCUGGAGCUAAUCAACCAUCUGUCAGCCUAUGUCUGGGUACAGCUGGAGGUGGACUGUCCUGAAUUACAAGGCUCAUCGCCCCUCUCACAUGUCCUGCCACCCUGCUCCCGCAACACCCUACCUCUGACAUUCCAGAGCAACAAGUCAGGUCAUUUCUACAGACCUGUGUCUUACUCUAUAAACAAGCAGCAUCCUGGCCAAAUACUGGUCCAGGCCCAAGUUGUCUCCUUGGCUCUGGAACUGUCCACCACCCACCUGGUACUCAGUCCCACUCCUAUACUGCUUGCUCGUUCAGAAUACAGAACCUCGGUUACCCUUAGAAACCAGCUCAACCAUGCUGCAGAGUUCACAUGGAGACCAGUGGUCACUGAAAGGGGCAUCAUGUUCUCGAUUCGACCAGCUUCAGGUACAGUGGAGCCAUAUAGAGAGCUGGACUGUGAGGUGGUGUGGCAUCCCUCCUUCUCCUCACCUGCAGAAGGAGACUUUGACCUCUGUGUCCAUGAGGGCAACACAGAACGACUACACUGCAUUGCUAAGAUUGGAUACACUAGUAUUGAGCUGACAGAGAAACUAAUCAAAUUUGAAUCAGUUCCUCUAAACAGGACUUCAAUCAGAACUGCAAUCUUACACAACAGUGGACAGAAACAUGCCUAUUACCAGGUACUUGACGUGUGCCCUCUGCCAGGCAUGGUGGUGAGUCCAUCUGAGGGCGUAGUACCAAGUGGAGGCCAGACUUCCUUAAUAGUCCGCUACAUACCUGAGUCUGUCAUUAAGUUUGACACCAGAGUCAAGAUAGCCUUGAGAAACAUGAAGUCAAUUGAACUUAGAAUGUGUGGAUCAGUGGAGCGUCCACGUGUAGACAUCAGUCUGUCCCAUUUUCAGUUUUAUGGGGUAUUUGCUGGUUCUCAGAGGGUGAUACCUUUCACUCUUACCAACCGCUCACCUUCUGAAGCCCAGAUUACCUUCAACAUGUCUGACUAUCCAGAUUUCUGUUUCCAGUUUCCUAGGAACUCAGCAACGGAGCCAGGUGUGACCAAUGUAGAAAUGCAGGGCUACCAAACGGUGACCUGCUCUCUUAUAUUCUCCCCCACCCAGGAAGCUACUUAUGACUUUGACGUGCCUAUGAUGGUCAAUGGGUUAAGGUGGUCCACUUGUCAGUCUCCUUCGCCCUCUAUGUCCUCCUCAUCCACCUCAUCCCAGGUGUCACGGGGCAACACAAAGCAAUCGGUCAAACAUCUUUUUCACUCCAUGGCAGCACAGCAGUCACUACGCAUACAGGCCACAGCACUGUGUGCUCCAGUGGAACUAUCCCCUUCUAGCCUACAGUUCGAUGUGGAAUCUUCACAGUCUAACAUUUACACUAAGACACUGGAGUUGAAAGCAGUGUUUAAGGAGAGUAUAUACUUGUAUGGUGUCAUUAGUAAGUAUGUACACUGGUGGUUUGACUGCAGUGUACUAGCAACACAAAUACAAGACAGUGGAGAGGAGGAUCUGUGUACUGUGUCUCCAUCAUCUGGCAGUCUGAGACCCGACCAGUCCAUCUCCUUGACUGUCAGCAUCAGGCCCGAAUCUGUGAGAACUGUUGCUGCCAGAUUGACACGAAUAUCGUUGCCUCUGUACCUAGGAUCUGUUACUGGGGGGAGAAUGGAGGAAGAAGAAAGACAUCAACCCUACAGAGAGCUUUCAAUUUCUAUUAACCUCCAGCUUCCCAGUAUCACCAUUAACCCCCAUCAAAUUCUUUUUACUCCAGUACCUCUGGAAAUCAAUGCAACAUGCACACUUACAAUGACAGCUGUAGGAUAUUCAAGUGGAACUACAGUGAAAGCUGAAGUGGAAGAGGUGGAGCUGGAGGAUGGGACAAAAAUACAGCCUGUUUCUGUCAACUUUGCAGAGGGCAAUUUCAUCCCUGCCCAAACCCAAGACCAGAAACAUCCAGUAGGUGUCUACAGUCAGGAAGACAGAGUUACGCCUCUUAUGUGCAGUGUGUCUUUCUGCUCAAACAUUCCUCUGUCCUUCUGUACAACAAUCAACUUCACGGAUCACAUCCACAACAAGUUUAAGGUCAAGUUGUAUGCUACUGCUGAAAACUGCCUUCUGACAGCCUGGCCUUACUUGGCCCUUCACCGCACUGGACAACAGAUAGUUCUCAAGACAGGAGCCACAACUGUGGAGGCGUUCCUUCAACCCUAUCACACACCAAGUUCUGCUUCUGGCCUGGCAUCAUCUUCCUCAUCAUUUGAUCACAGCAGUUCAACAAACAAGAACUCAUCCUCAGACUCCUAUCCGGAAAGUGACAGUGUGAGCAGACAGACCUGCAGGAAUGAAGAGAUCGCUCCUAAAAGAGUCACCCCAACCUGUCACAACCUCCCAGUAUUCCCUGAUGACAACUCAGACGAAGGACUCUAUCAUCAGAAUGUUCUACUGGCUGUGGAGAAGUGGUUUAGCCUCUUUGGCUGGCCAAGCGGCCCUCAUCCUAUACGCAUACCACAUACGCUCAGAAGAGUUGUGUCAAAAGCACAAAAGAAUUAUUCCAGUGGUCGGACUUAUCGUGUCAGUCAAAGUAAGGAUUCCAGGUCUGUAGUGGACAUGCUUCAUCACCUGACUGGUACACAGAUUCCUGGUAUUCCUUCCUGUCAGGCAUUUUCCAGUGGUAUAGACCAGCGUACUAACCAGCUGUUACAACAAAAUGAAGCUCUGCUUGCUUUUCUGAGGGUGCAGGGAGCAUAUUUAUCUCACAUCAGACCAGAGUACCUGCUUGACGUUGAGGAGUUCAAACACUGGUGCUCUCUGCAGUCAAAUGAGGAAGACCAUGGUCUUGUCUACAGAAGUGCUGAAUAUGAAUCACUAAGCAAGAGAUGUUGGACUGAUUUGCUGCUACAAAUUUACAAGGUGUUGGUGCUGCGUCCUGUGUCCGAGAACAGUCUUCAGAAUACCGUUUUGAACCAGACAGAAGCAGCUAAAAUCCUUGUCGACUCACAGCCACUGGCCAGUAACAUCUACUCUGCCUCAGAGCUCCAGUUGCUCUCAUGGCUCAACAUGCACUACCAGAGAAUGAGGGAAACAAUUUGGGCUCCAGGUGUCCCAUCAGCACGCUGGAUAGUGAAUUUUGAUCUGGACUUGACAGAUGGUCUGGUGCUUGGUGCUUUAGUUGCUGCCUUCUGCCCCUAUCUGAUCUACAGCCACUUUCAAAGGAUGUACAUCACAACCAGCAGCCAGGAGCAGAUCCUUCACAACAACAUUAUAGUGAUCCAGGCCUUAACUGCUCUUUCUCUUAACAUAGAUGUACAGCCCACAGACUUGUCAGAUCCUAAUCCAGUGCAAAUGUUAAUGCUUUGUGCUCACUUGUAUGAGAGACUACCUCAGUAUCUGCCACAGCACACCAUCACUCUUUCAGGAAGUCUGCACAGCACUUUUACCAAGCAGGUGCGUCUAAAAAAUCCAUCCUCUAAGCCUGUCAAAUACAAAGCCCUUCUUUUAGGAAGAGAGGCCCAUCUCUUCUCCCUUCCUGAUGGAUCUGCUGUCACCAUUCCUCCAAAGGGAAAGACUGAGUUCAACGUCCAGUAUAGCUGCUCCUUCUUGUAUCCCAAGGAGGCAGUACUGCUACUCACUUCCACAUCUGCUUUUGGUCUGCAUAGCAGUGCUCUUGCCUUCAAACUAAAGACCCAUGUCAGUCACAUCACUCCCAAUAACACUGUUAAUUGCGAGUCACCGUGCUACCAACUGAGAGUUGUCCACCUACCAAUAACUAAUCCUUUCAGUGAGGAAGCUAAGUUCAAGGUGGUGCUGGUAGAAUCUCCCUUUAAUCCACUAGGACCUGAAAAGAAAAAAGACAGCCUUGUUCAGCAAGCUUCAUCCAAAGCCAAUAUAGGGAAAACUUCUGACAGGAGUCAUAGGGGUGACAUGGAAGAGAACCCCUCAGAUCACAAUGGUGAUGACAGCGAAUUCCUCAGUCCAGUGAAGAUUGUUUGUCUGAGGCCAGGCCAGACAGACACUUUGAACAUCUACUACCUUCCCUUCUGGCCAGGAAACAAGUACUGCUCUGUGCUGCUAGUUUGCCCGCAGGUGGGUGACAUGGUCUAUAUUGUGAAAGCUACAGCGGAAUUACCUCUUGCUUCGCCCCUCACUGCCAGACCCAGUUCUAACAUAGUCUCCGUCCCUAGUAACUCAGACUCCCCUGAGUGUGCUUCAGCACUAAGCCUGUGCUGUGAAGUGGAGCAGGUGUGUGAGGAAGUGUUGCGUGUACCACUGAUCAACGUGGCCUGGGAGCAAGCUCUGGUUGUCUGGGGGCAACACAGUAUGAGUGACAGCGAGCGCAGGAGGCGGAUGCUGACACACUCAUUGCAUAGCAGCACCGUAAGGACAACCAUAGCAGCAUGCAAAUUUUUUAAACAACAGGCAAAGAGAAGGGCCGAACAAGGUAAAGUGAUCGAAUACAAUGUGGACAUAUCUUUACCGCAGUACUUCACUUUACCCAGUACUGUGAAAAUACCCAUAGAAGAUUACAUGAGUGUACCAUGGGAGAAUCCUACCGGCUAUGGUUGUGUGGACAUUCCGCUACGGUUUCAGGCAGAUUCUGUGGGAAAGUUUACAUGUCAGGUGGUGUUAAGAUCCUGGUGUGAUACCAGGGUUUUCAUACUGGAGGCGGUGGUUGCACCACAGACCAUAUCUACUUACUUGGACUUCAGUGCACCUGUUUUUCACUCUGUGACACAAGACAUACCACUACACAAUGAUACUAAGCAAGACUGGAACUUGCUAGCUGAGUUGAGUGGUGAAGGAUUCUGUGGCCUGAAGGAUUUAAAUGUAGCAGCUGGUACUAGAGCCUGCUACCCCCUCACCUUUAAACCGUCUGCAUGGGGCAUUGUCAAGGGCAAGCUGUCCCUGUAUAACAGCGUCAACAACACUGAGCAUGUUUUUACCCUCAGAGGAGUAGGAGAGCUCCCCCUGCCUGUGAACCAUGUGGUGGUGCAGUGCACUGUGGGAAAAACCACUCACACACAGCUAAAUGUCCCUAACCACAGCCAAAAAAAACUCACUUUUAAGGUGGUGACCGAUCUGUCAAUUGUGAGUGGCACCAUGUCUUUUGAGAUUAAACCUGGUCACAGUACAUCAUACACAUUAGCUGUGACACCACAGAAACGAGGGACACACACAGGUCAAGUGUCAUUCAUAGACACUACUGACAUUGACAACAUGGGCAGAGACGUAGGAUGUGUACGUGGACACUAUGAGGCGUAUUUCACUCUAGAGAUAAUUUGUGAGCCAGCAGCACCUGCGAAAAUCAUACAUGUGCAGUGUGUAGCUGAGAGCUCAGUUGCCAUAGAGAUUCCUGUCAGUAACCCAGAAGGAGAGCUGUUGAUGCUUAAUGUGUACCUGGAAGGAGCCAAUCUGAGUGGGGCCAGUGUGAUUUCAAUUCCCCCAUGGGAGACUCUCACUUACAAAGCUACCUUCUCUCCUGACAGAGUAGGGAAGAGCACAGGCAGUGUCAUAUUCCAGUCAGAGCUGGUGAGUGAAGUCUGGUAUCAACUAGAGCUUUAUGCUCUUCCUCCUCCAGUUGUCACGCUACCACAGGCCUGCUGUCAGCUGGGCAAAUGGACAAGACUGACAAUUCCUCUGGUUAACCCUGAAGCUGACACUGUGGAGCUGGUGGCAACCAACAGCAACCCCAGAAACUAUUCUCUGGAAAUUAACGCAGAAAGUGCUCUUAUUUUGGAGCCCCACUCCUCCACCCAGCUCAAUGUCUGCUUUAGGCCUUCAUCCAUUGGAGAGGGGAAUCACACAGCAAAGAUCACAUUCACCUGUCCUCAGUUACAGGAUUGGUGUGUGUUGCUACAAGGAUUUGGCCUAAACCCAGAGAUUGAGGAGUUGGUGAGCAUCUCAUCUGUGAUUGGCUCCACUGCCUCUGUCACCAUUCCCUUUACAAAUCCCACUGAACUUCCAGCGACGCUCAAAAUCACACUUACAGAUUCAGCAACCCCUGAACACCAUCCAGCAACUACAGAUAAAGGGGUCUUCUUCAUCCCUCUAGGCCACACAGAAGGUAUAAAGAUCAGUGAAGGGGACAGUUUUGAUGUGCCUGUGGUGUUUGCACCUGAAUCUAAGGAGCUACAGCAAAUCUGGCUCUGCAUAACAAUGAAGCCACUCAAAUGCCCAGACGGUAACUUCAGUACAGAUGCUGUUAGGUUAGACCAGGAAGUGUCAGACAUCUGUUGGAUUUACCCUCUUUGUGGAAUUCCCAUGGAAAUGCCUGCUAACUCAAUGCUUGGUGAGAUACAGUGUGAAGCAGGCUGCCAGCUGGAGAAGAAGAUAGAAGUACCUCUUGGAUGUGUACUGGGGAAUCAAAAUCAGAAAGUAAAGGAAAUUUUCCAGGUACCAAUUGAAGACUUGCUGUGUGAAGUGUGCGCUAACAGCGAAGCAGACCAACCUGAGGUGGAGGACUGCCUUUCUGCCACUAUUAAGGCAGCAAGAAGGGACCCUGAGACUGGCAUCGUAACACUCACCCUUAAUUUACUUUAUACUCCUCUUAAGCCACACAGGUAGCAGUCCUGUAUUGAAGAGUGUCAGAAAACACCACAUUAAUUUAUCUCUCUUUUAUACCUCACUCAUCCAUUACUGUCUAGAUAUUUGUAUUAAUGUUUGUUGCUCAACAUUUCUUGGAAACAUUUCUCAGAAGUAAAGGGAAGGCCACCUUGUUGGAUGCCCCUACUGUUACAGUGAGUGAGUGAGUGCUUGUGCCUGAAACAUAUUAGAUGGUGUGAUAAAAUAAAUAAAUGUAGUUUUAUGUGCAUAAAUACAGGGAAGUCUUUAAACCCUGGAUUUUGUAGGUUUUUGUGGUACAUUUAAUGGUAUAAACAGAUGGCAUCAAAUAUGAAAUAAUUAAACAAUGAAUGGGUAGUAUAGGUAUUUAAUGAUGUAACAUAUGCAUUUCCCUGACUAUUCACUAAAAAUUAUCAAAAGUUCUAAAAAAGAACUGGCAGACUUGAAAGAGCUGUUGUCAGGAAACCAGUGGCAGCAGAUGAAACAUUUAAAAACUGAUGUUUACUGACAUAAAAUAUUCUACCAAGAUUUCUUUUAUUUCUAUCUUUGGGGUACCCUGCUGGAUAAUUAUAUAAUCUUGCUGUGGAAAGUAGCAAUUUUGCGUUACUCUAUGUUUGUUCUUACUGUACAUUGCCUGUGACAUCCUGCUGGGUGAAGAAAGCAUUCAUUUAUCAACUCCUGUCUUCAUCUGUGGAGUCCAUUAAUGAGGCGUGCCCUACUAAAAUCAAUACCUCAGAGAGCUAAUGACUUCCCCGCAAGGAAAUGACGGGAGGUGUGGCACCGCUAAUAGGCUCUUCCAUUAUCUAUGUUGUUUCUCUGUCCUGCAUAGUAAUAUGAGGACACAACGAAUCAUAAGCAGAAAUAUUAAAGACUACAUUUUUUUAAUGAUGCUUUUCAAGAUAAACAGGAACAAUCAUGUUGCACUUUUCACAUACACUAUGUGUAUGGAUGAAUUAAACAAACAGAUGGAUUGAAAACAGGCUCUGCCUCACAGUGAUACCAUAUAUAUAUAUAUUAUAUCAGAAAAUUGGCAAGUGUCAUAUGGAUUGCUGUCUAGCUAAAUGCGCUUGGUAGGGUCUCCCACAGCAAACGGGUCCUGGGGGACGGGCCAGAUUAAGAGCGGUUCACAAACCCCCCUGUGAUGAAUAAAAUACCAAGGUCCGUAAUGUCGCCUGGUAUGGCGCAGCCAGAGUCCUACCUUGGAGCCAAGCCCGAGGUUGGGGUACAUCUGCAAGCGCCUGGUGGCUGGCCUAUACCCACUGGACCCGGUCAUCACAGCCCGAAGGAGCGAUGUGAGACCCUCCUCACGGCGGGGGCAGUGCAUACUGUAGUAGAUUGGGCAACAGUUGAAGGCAGGAGCCUCGUUGACGCAAUCUUUGGACAACCAAUCUGGGUAUUGGGACAUGGAAUGUUACGUCACUAGUGGGUGAUGGAGCCUGAGUUUGUGCAGGAGGUUUAGCAGUACCAGCUAGAAAUAGUCUGG